AUGGAACCAAUCAAUCAAGAAGAGAACACACAAACUGUUGCCACAGAGGAGGUCGCUGUCGUUGAGCCAAAGGUUGAGCCUGAGGCUGAGGUCCAGAUUGAGGCCCAGACUGAGGUUCAAGCUGAGGCUGAGAAUGUCGUCGAGCCAGCACCUGUUGCUGAGGAGCAGCCCGCUGCCAUCGAGGAGGUCAAGGAGGAGCAAGUUGCUGCCGUCGAGGAGCCAGUUGUUGUCGAGGAGCAGCCAGCAGUUGUCGAAGAGGCCAAGGAAGAGCAACCAGCUGCCCCCGUCGAGGAGGAGCAACCAGUUGCCGUCGAGGAGCAACCAGCUGUUGUUGAGGAGAUCAAGGAGGAGCCUGUUGUUGUCGAGGAAGUCAAGCAGGAGGAGCAACCAGCUGCUGCAGUCGAGGAGAUCAAGGAGGAGCCAGUUGCUGUUGUCGAGGAGCCAGUCGCUGCCGUUGAGGAGCCAGUUGCUGCUGUUGAGGAGCCAGUCGCUGCUGUCGAGCCUGUUGCUGUCGAAGAGCCAGUAGUUGUUGAGGAGCCAGUUGUUGAGCAACCUCAAGCAGUUGUAGAGGAGCCAGUUGCUGCUGUCGAGGAGCCAGUCGCUGCUGUCGAGCAACCAGCCGUCGUCGCUGCUGUUGAGGAGCCAAAGAUCGAGGAGGAGGAUGUCGCUGUUGUUGAGCAGCCAGCUGUUGUAGAGGCACCAGUCGUUGCCCCCGUUGAGGAGCAACCAAAGAUCGAGGAGGAUGAGGAAGAGGAGAAUGUUCAAGUCGUUCAGCCUGCCGUCGAGGAGAUAAAGGCAGAGGAGGUCAAUCAAGAGACCCCAGCAGCACAGGAACAAGAGACACAAUCAACACCAGCCAGCAACGAGCACAUCCACAUGAAUGGAACCACAUCUUCACCAUCGACCACAUCAACAAUUCAACAAGAGGCUGUCGCCGAGCCAGACCCCAACAUCCUGUCAGACACUGAACUGUCCGUCCACUACAAGAACGAAGGUAACGAGUACUUCAAGCAUGGAUGCUACACUCAAUCGAUCGACAGCUACACCAAGUCGAUCCAACACAGCCCAUCGCACAUGGUCUACUCGAACCGCUCAAUCUCCUUCUUCAAGCUGCAAAAGUACCCACAGUCCCUGGAGGAUGCCAACUCGUCGAUUGGCAUGAACGCCAACUGGGGCAAGGGAUACCUCCGCAAGGGUAUCGCCCUGGUGGCCCUGGGUCGCCAUCAGGAGGCCAAGGAUGCCUUCGUGCAGGGUAUCAAGGUGGAGCCAGAGAACCAGGAUCUUCACAACAACUUGAGGGUCGUCAUGGAGAAGCUCAACCCAUCUGCUGCCAAGUCCCAAACCUCACCAGUCGCCAAGGCUGCCACCAAGCCAACUGACGCCUCCACCAAGACUGAGGCAACCAAGGACAACCAAGUCGGACAGAGCCGUUACUCAUCCAGCAUGCUGGCAAUAUUCGGAGUUGGUGCCGUUGGUGUCCUGGCCUUCCUCUUCAAGAACAGUGUCAGACAAGUUGUCCAGAGGUUAUUUAAAUAG